CUACCUUGGAGCUUCUAUAUACUGUCUUCCAUGAUUGGGGACCGAAUUAAGAAGCUCUGAUCUUUUAAAGAUAUAGUUAAUUACUACAUAGGAGUGUUUAAGAAUGGAGAAUUACGAAACCUUGAGAGUGCUUCUUGUUGAUGAUGAUUCUACCUGUCUGCUCAUUGUUGGUGCUAUGCUCCGGAGAUUGAAGUUCAAGUUGUGACAGCAAAACGUAUAGGACGAUUUGGGUACCCUACGACCAAAGGGAAGCUUUGCAUUUGAUCUCAUUAUUUCAGAUGUCCACAUGCCUGAUGUCAAUGGCUUUGAACUGCAGCACAUGAUUGUCAUAGCUUUUGUGACAGCAGAAAACCCACAUGAUGCUUUGGGUGCCCUACGAGCAAGGGGCAACUUUGCAUUUGAUCUUGUUAUUUUAGACGUCCACAUGCCUGAUAUCAAUGGUUUUGAAUUGCAACUCAUGAUUGCCCAUGAAUUUCAGGCUCUUCCCAUAGCUUUGAUGUCCAUUGAUAAACAAGAGGGCAUUGUGAGGCAGGGAAUGCGGAACGGAGCUAUUUCGUUCAUCGAAAAACCUGUGUCGGAGAAUGCCCUGAAAUGUUUAUGGCAAUUUCUUAUAGCUCAAAAGAAGGGUUAUGUUAGGUGUAGUGCUAUGGAGCUGCAUGUAGAAAUGACUCCUACUCCAUCUGCCGCUGCCACUUGCACCACAAAUUUUGCAGCUUAUCAGAAAUCCGUGGAGCAGAUGACCACCACGACAGAACCUUUUUUUGAAACCAAGAUGGGGAAGAAGAAGCUGGUGUGGACGGAUCUUCUUCAUUUCAAGUUCUUGGAUGCCAUCGCCUCUGUAGGAGUUGAGAAUGCGGUACCCAAUAAUAUUUUGAAGGCCAUGAAUGAGCCGGGAUUAACUAGGGAGAAUGUUGCAAGUCAUUUGCAGAAAUAUAGGAAAUUCCUGCGCCGCCAGAACAAUGAAGAACUCGAAAGCAACUUUCCAUCCAACAACUCCGACGGCUAUCAACCUAGAUCAGUUGCACCCAAGAGGGUCAGCACAUUUGCCCAAUUUGGUCAACUGUUCACUCGCUGUCAAGGAAAGCCUGCCGCCGCUGCCCCAUGUUCUUCCUCCCAGUCUCUAUCACUCUACUCGGCCAACAAUGAUGAUAUUUCUGGCGUGUCUUUGUCGGAGCAGGAAGAAUCAUUGUUCCACCGUGGUUUGACAAGAGACAGAGACUACCCCAUCACCGAAAGCCCUGAACCAUAUUACCUGACGCCGGAAAUAACCUUCGACGGCGGUCCCAGUCUUACCUUCGGUGGAGAUACUGAUUACUCGCCGUGCUUCGGAAACGUGCAGCAGUUCUCCUCGUCACAGUUCGGUGAGAGCGAGAUGAUGCCAUUCUCUCCGCCACCACCGCAGGCUUCUCUGAUAAUGGGCUUUUCUACUUUUGAGAAUUGGGACCAAAAUCAUACUAAAACAGCGGCGUUUAACAGGGAGGUGUCUGCCGGAGAACACAUUUCAGGGGCUAAUCCAACCUAUAAUUACCUUUCUAAUGAUCAGCAAAGUGGCUAUGAACAUGCAAUGAUGAAUUAUAAUGACUCUGAUAGUGUUGGUUUUGGCCAGUCCUACGACCCUCAUUGGUUUGGCCAAUCUUUAAUCCAGGGACAAGCAAGAGAAGAAAUGGCAUUUGGAGCAGGGCA